AUGCAUGGGAAAGACCCAGUCAAAGUCAUCAGAGAGGCACUUGCACAAACGCUAGUGUUUUACUACCCCUUUGCCGGCAGGCUCAGGGAAGGGCCUGGCCGUAAGCUUUUUGUAGAGUGUACCGGCGAGGGUGUUAUGUUUAUCGAGGCCGAUGCUGAUGUUACUCUUGAGCAGUUUGGUGAUGCUCAUCUUCAACCCCCAUUUCCAUGUAUGGAGGAGCUCCUUUUUGAUGUUCCCGGCUCUGGAGGGAUCCUUAAUUGCCCAUUAUUGCUUAUUCAGGUGACACGUCUCAAGUGUGGUGGAUUCAUCUUUGCCCUACGCCUUAACCACACAAUGAGUGAUGCUACUGGGCUGGUUCAGUUCAUGAUGGCUAUGGCCGAGAUGGCACAUGGUGCACGUGCUCCAUCUAUCCAACCCGUGUGGCAAAGGCACCUUCUCAAUGCGAGAGACCCAACAAGCGUGACGUGCACACAUCGAGAGUAUGACGAAGUGGCCGCCACCUUCCUCUCACUUGACGACAUGGCUCACCGCUCCUUCUUCUUCGGCCCUAUUGAGGUGUCUACCCUCCGUAGAUUCAUGCCACGUCACCUGAGCCAAUGCUCCACAUUCGAGAUAAUCACCGCCUGCCUUUGGCGUUGUCGUACCAUAGCGCUACAAUACGAUCGUGACGAGGAGGUGCGCGUGAUGUGCAUUGUAAAUGCACGCAGCAAAUUGAACCCUCCGUUACCGACUGGUUACUAUGGUAAUGUUUUCGUGUACCCCGCAGCGGUAACAACCUCUGGGAAGCUAUGUGAGAAUCCAUUAGGUUACGCUGUAGAAUUGGUGAAGAAGGCGAAAAAG